AUGGUGACUGUUUCCGCUUGUGAGUAUUUCACAAAUGUUUUACAGGGAUACAAUGUUGAUACGAUUUUCGGUAUAGUGGGCAUACCGAUAGUCGAAUUGGCAGAUGUAAUGAUUAAUAAAGGUAUCAAGUUUAUUGGAUGCAGAAAUGAGCAAGCCGCUUCAUAUGCUGCAUCUGCUUACGGUUAUUUAACAGGGAGACCCGGAGUUCUUCUGGUAGUUGGCGGACCAGGAUUAAUACAUGCGUUGGCGGGCGUAUACAACUCAAUGAGUAACAGAUGGCCCUUGAUAGUUAUCGCGGGUAGCAGUGAGGACAAUCACAAAGGUGGAUUUCAGGAAUUAGAUCAAAUUAGCCUACUCAAUGGCUAUCUGAAGUUCACAGGUCGCCUUCAGGCAGAUAAGAAUGUAAUUGAUCUGAUCACUUACAAUGCUGUUAGACACGCUUCUUUGGGUGCAAGUGGAGUAACAUAUAUUGAUUUUCCAGGUAACAUCAUUGGAGAAACGGUUAAAGUUGAUAAACACUUAAAUUCGCCGUCCUUCGAUAAGAUAAAGUGUUCACCCGAUCCUGCCGUUAUUCAAAGAGUCACCGAUCUAAUUCUCAAAAACGGGGAUAAGAAAAUACUCGUGGUGAUGGGAAAAGGUGCUGUUGAGAACUCAGAUGAAAUAAGAACGUUAAUUGACCUUUUUGGUCUUCCUUUCUUACCAACACCUAUGGCCAAAGGUAUCGUCCCAGAUUCACAUCCUUUAAACGUUUCAUCGGCUAGAUCUCAGGUAUUAAGGGAGUCGGAUAUAGUGAUCGUCCUAGGAGCGAGAUUGAAUUGGAUUUUGCAUUUUGCGGAGCCGCCAAAGUGGAAGGCUGAUGCCAUAUUCAUUCAAGUCGAUGAAAAUGCUGAGGCGAUCGGACAAAAUAAUGCAAGAGGACUACAGUACGGAUUAUUUGGGGACGUCGGAUUAACUGUCGAUGCUUUAACAGUCUCGUUGAAAAGUGGCAAUUUCAGAUAUGAUGGCCUCCCUCCGGAAUGGCAACGCACGAUCGAGAAGAAUCAGCGAAAAUUGUUACUCAAGGAGUUACAGCCUCCGAACAGCCAAAAAUUAAACUACAAUCAAGUAUAUCACACGCUGAGACCACUCAUCGAAGACGAAAAUUCAAUCUUAGUCACCGAAGGAGCUAAUACAAUGGAUAUUGCAAGAAUCUCGUUUCCCACCGACUAUCCCAAACACAGGUUGGAUGCCGGCACCAAUGCCACCAUGGGAAUCGGCCUGGGCUAUGGCAUAGCCGCAAAAGUGGCUCAUCCCCACAAAGACGUCAUUUUAGUUCAAGGCGAUUCAGCCUUUGGAUUCUCCGCCAUGGAACUGGAAACAUCCGUCAGAUACAAUCUCGGUUUGGUGGUCAUUGUUAUGAACAACAGCGGAAUAUACCACGGCGUCGCUCCUGAGUUGCAACCACUGCGCGCACCCUCAACGGCUCUUUCCAGCGAAUGUAGAUACGAUCUUGUUGGUAAAGGUCUCGGUGCGAACGGGUUUCUAGUACGUAACCUGGAUGAACUGGAAAAAGCGUUUAAACAAGCCCUGCUCUCAUCCAGGUCGACCCACCGGUCAAGUGUGAUUAACGUCAUAAUCGAACCAGGCAAGCAAUCCAAAUUAUCGUUUGGUUGGCAGACUAAACGCACCCAACAUUUAUAA